GGGUCAGUCACCUGCAAGGAGGCGCGUGAACAGGGGUCCUAUAAAGCACACAGAUAUUUUUUCGCUGCAAACAUGAGCGCCGGUGGAGGGACGCCUUAUAUCGGCAGCAAAAUAAGUCUGAUAUCCAAGGCACAGAUUCGUUAUGAGGGAAUCCUUUCUUCUGUGGACACCGAAAGGUCCACGGUUUCCUUAGCAAAAGUGAAAUCCUAUGGGACAGAGGAGAGGCACACCGACAGGCCAGUGCCACCCAAAGCUGAAAUUUACGAGUACAUAAUUUUCAGAGGAAGUGACAUAAAAGAUAUUACCGUUUCUGAACCUCCAAAGCCACACCAUGGACUGCCUCGGGACCCUGCCAUUAUUCAAUCAUCCAUUGGCCCCUCUGCUGCUUAUCAUCCACGCUGGAGUCCAUACAGAGAAAUGAUGCCCAACUUUAACCAACUUGCUGCCAGUUCUCUGCUCAACCAGCAGUACAAUGCGGCAUUGGGCCUAAUACCAGGUGCUCACGGUCCACCCAGAAGAGCCCCGAUGGUUGAGCAGGCUGUCCAAACCGUGCCUUUGGUGUCGGCCACACAGAGGAGGGGAAAGGCCCCCACCCAGCGACAAGGUGGACAGCCUGACCGUCCAGUCCAGCACUCCUCUCAGGGUGGUUCUCGGCUUGAGAAGGAAAAUGUCCCCAUUCGUCAGAUGCAACAACAAAUGGCAGCAAGGGCUCGAGGCCAAAAUGCAGAGAACCAGAAAAGGCAAAAACAAGGAAAUCGCAGAAGUAGGACCAGAAGCAGAGGUCAACUUCUUGCUAAAACCUCCAAGGCCACAGCUUUAGAGUUCGAGUCUGAUUUUGAUUUUGAAACGGCAAAUGCCAAGUUCAGAGAUGAUCUAACAAAGGAAGAAGUUAUAGAAGAGCAGGUGGACUCCCCAGUAGCCCCGGACAGCCCGGACGUACAAGAAGAGGAAAGCCUUGUAGAAAAGUACUACGACAAAGCCAAAUGCUUCUAUGACAACAUCUCCUCAGAUCUUAAGCCAAGGAAAACCACCUGGGCAGAGGAGAAAAAGCUAAACAUAGAAACAUUUGGAGUGCCUGGGCGAUUCCUGAGGGGCAGAGGAUUAAGAGGUCGUGGACGCAAAGUGCAGAGUGCCAUUGAGCAACGGGCCCUGCCAAAAACUGGCACUGGGAGAGUAUGA